GUCUAUCGAUAAUUUAUACCACAAGUCUUACGAAUAUUGGUUAAAAUAUUUUAAAUUUGUUUAUAAAAAAAAAAAAAAAACAAAUAGAAGCGCAUAACAUUUUAAAAAAUUAACGGACCCUUAACACAUACACAUCGAGAAACAAACGCAAAUACAACAAAUGGCAAACCGCAAACGCCAGUAGUGUUCGAGGUGUAGCGAUCGUAUCCCCCCCACCACCGCCCUCGCCCUAUAACAACCCAGCCAUACACAUUGUUUGUUAAAUGUAUCCAAAAAAAACACGUGCUUAAUCUGUGAAACGGGACAUAGGCUGCUGGCGUAUACAUACAUAUAUACUUAUGUCACAAUCACCACAAUUAAAGAGACAGAAAAUGUCAUCGCAUUCCAAAAAUUUCGGCGAUGGCGAUCCACACAACUAUCAGGAACUCAACAUUAUAGGCACAGGGGCCUAUGGGACCGUCUACAGAGCCCGCGACAUGAUCACUGGGAACAUUGUGGCCCUAAAGAAGGUGCGGAUCGCUCUAAAUGACAACGGAGUGCCCAUGUCCACGUUGCGAGAAAUUGCGCUGCUAAAACAAUUGAAUGCCAGCGAUCAUGCCAACAUUGUGAAACUCUAUGAGGUCUGUCAGUUCUUGGAACGCGACGAUCAAUUAAUGAUAGUAUUGGUCUUUGAGCAUCUGGAGCAAGAUUUGUCCGAUCUGAUUGAACGCUUGCCAAAAUCUGGAAUGUCACCCAGUACAGUACAGAACCUUUCCCGUGAACUUUUAACCGGCCUCGACUUUCUGCACUCACAUCGCAUUAUCCAUCGCGACCUGAAGCCUCAGAAUUUGUUGGUCUCGUCGCAGGGACAUUUGAAAAUCGCUGAUUUUGGUUUAGCCAAAACAUACGAUUCGGAAAUGAAACUGACCUCAGUUGUUGUAACGCUUUGGUAUAGAGCACCAGAAGUCCUUUUGGCCCAACCCUAUAACAGUUCGGUGGAUGUUUGGAGUGCAGCAUGCAUAAUAUUUGAAAUGUAUAAUCGCAAGGCUUUGUUUCCCGGCACCUCAGAAAAGAAUCAACUGGAUAGAAUAUUCGAACUCACAGGACGACCCUCAGCCCAACAGUGGCCCAAAAGCAUUUCUGUGUCCAGAGAACAUUUCCCCCAACGUCAUCCCAAACGUCCGCGUGACUUUUGUCCCAAUCUAUGUGAAUGUUCUGAUGAUCUAUUAAAACAAAUGCUUGACUAUGAUAUACGACUGCGGCCAUCGGCCUUGGCUUGCUUAGAUCAUGAAUAUUUUCAACAGGAGCCUCUAUAACAUUAAACGGACCCAAUGGGUAUACCGACUACAUCAUCGGGAAGAAGGUGCUACUCAUUGGGUCGCUGUCAUCACUAAAUGUUCCUUUAAAAAUUUGUCAAAAAUCCUUACGUAUAAUGUAUACCUCAAUAUAUACCUUUUUUUUUUGUCAUAGCCUUAAGUCUUUAUUUGUUAUGCAGACUGCCUUUCCCCAUACACAUACACACACACACACACACACAUCUCCCUUAUACAACCUGCUAUA